AUGAUUUCUUUGUAGAAAACAAGGUUUCAGCUAUACAAUGGAUGCCUCAGAAUCCGUUGUUAAUACAAGUGCAGAUUGUUUUGACUACGUCAGAGUUUUCUCCAAUGGCAUAUGGAAUGAAAAAAAAGGAGAAACUAUUCUCCAACAUUCCUUUGUGCGUUUCCAACUUCAAUUAGUUGUAUUGGUCUUUAUUUCCCAUUUAUUUUACUUGUUCUUCAGGCGUUUUCAAUUCCCUCGACUCACCUCUGAUGUUUUGGCAGGUAUUUUCUUGGGACCAACAUUUCUUGAAAGGUACUUUCCUGAUGUAUCAGAAAAAUUGUUUCCUCCGAUACUUAAUCAAGCUUUUGGUGCAUUGUUAAAAAUUGGAUACGUUCUGUUCACAUUCCUAGCAGGAGUGAGGACGGAUCCAAAAUUGAUACGCAGAUCAGGGAAAAACGUUGUCAUAUUGGCACUUCUUAUAUUUGCAUUCCCUUACAUAAUGUUACAAACGUUAGAGAUAACAUUCAAUCAAAAGUUAAAUAUAGGUCCUCCAGCGAGAAGUGCAAUCCAAAAUAAUGCUGAUCUCUAUGUAGGUUCAUUCACGGCGAGCCAGUUUGUGGAUGCCAGUGCUAUUCUGAUGCAACUUAAGAUAAGUAAUUCUCGAAUAGGUCAUAUGGCAUUGGCAACGACGUUGAUAAAUGAUAUAUCAAGGUACUUUUACCAUAAUAUCGUGGCUGCAACUUUGAACAGAUUACUGUAUGCAUCAUCAGUGAGGGUUGGGAUUCUGUUCUUUAUUCAUCUGAUGUUGUAUAUGGGAUUUAUACUGUUCGUGGUGCGGCGAGCGAUUUUCUGGUUCAUUAGAACAACUCCAGAAGGGAAACCCAUAAGAGAUAUAUACAUGAAUAGUAUCAUAGCAGUAGUGUUAGUUUUAGCACUAAUCGGUGAUCGUUUAGGAAUGGAUUUUCUUUUGGGUCCUUUGGUAGUGGGUUUGAUAAUCCCAGCAGGGUCUCCAUUAGCAAUAACUAUUACCUCAAAGUUUGACACCGUCGUCUUAGGUUUGCUUAUCCCACUAUUGUCUACCUACUGUGCCACCAAAUUGGAUUUAUGGGAAUUUUUUACCCAUUUUAGUUAUGUUCUCAACUUUCAAAUGGCUUUUAUUGGUUACAUGUUCAAGUUGCUGGCAACUUUUAUCUUCGUACUGGCUGUCAAGAUUAAUCUCGAAGAAGCUGUCGUUCUUGCACUCAUCUUGAAUGUCAAAGGACCUCGCGAGAUGGGAACAUUCUUUUUAUUCUUUAACAUUGAGACAAGGGAUUUAGAGAGUACAAGUGGAAUUUUGCUAAUAUUCUUGAUAACAUCGUAUAUACCACCGUUGAUCAAAAUGCUCUAUGAUCCAAGUAAGCAUUACGUAGGCUAUAAGAAAAAAUGCAUUCAACAUACUCCAAAUGAUGCAAAGCUGGAGAUAUUAGCCUGCGCAAAUAAACAAGAGGAUGCCUUGUCUGCAAUCAGAUUGUUAGAACUUUCCAAUCCUAGCAAAGAAAGUCCAAUGACUGUUUAUGGACUUUGCUUGGAAGAACUUCUUGGCAGUGACGCGCCUUACACAAUCAAUCAUCAAUUCGGCCAAAAGAAAUCUGCUUCUAGAGGAUCUCGAUCGCAACCCAUCGUCGAUAUCUUCAAAUACUUCAUGUUAGAGCACGAAAAUGAAGCUCUAGUAGAAGUAUACAUUGCAGUAUCACCUCUGAAGUCAAUGCACGAAGACAUUUGUUGGCAGGCAUUCGACAAGACAUGUUCUUUAAUAGUACUGCCAUUUCAUCAGAAAUGGAACAAUAGAGGGAAUUUAGUUUCAAACAGCAGUGAAUUGAGAAACCUGAACAUUAAUGUGUUGGAAAGAGCACCUUGUUCAGUAGGAAUCCUAAUUGAUCGUAGCAGAAGCCAAGGUCUAUCGUCUAUAUUCGCUCCAUCGCCAAUUUAUCGUGUCGCUGUAUUGUUUGUGGGAGGAAAAGAUGAUAGAGAAGCAUUGGCUUAUGCAUUAAGAAUGGCAGGUAGUCGAAAAGUGCAACUAACAGUAUUGUGUUUUAUCACACCUGAUGAUACCAACACCAUUAAUACUUGGGAAGAUAUGCUUGAUCAUGAAGCUUUACGAAAACUGAAACACGCAAUGUCAAUGACUAAUAGUAAUAUUAAGUACAUAGAAGAGACAGUAGGAGAAGGAUCUGACGCAGCUGCUAUAGUUCGAUCCGCACAGGAAAAUUAUGAUCUUAUAUUAGUAGGCUGUCGACAUGAAAGUAAACCUGAAGCAAUAUCAGGAUUAUCACAAUGGACAGAAUUUCCAGAAUUAGGAGCCUUAGGUGAUCAACUUGCUACUUCAGAAAUUACUACUUCAGUUUCCAUCUUAGUUGUUCAACAACAAAUCUUGAAAGCAAGUCAUAGCAGUGUUUUGAAUUAGUGAUUUGUUAUGGGGAACUUGUAUUGUAAUGUAACCAAUGUACUCAAAACAAUUAAGCACUUGUAAGAGGAGUUACUAGGAUAAUUCUC